AUGACGGAAGUCAAGGAACCAGGGGCCUCGGUCGAGAAGCACCCUCAUGUCGCCAACAUGCAACCACCACAGUUCGAGCAUGUCGAAUGGACAAAGGACCCAGCUCUUCGCAAGCUCUACAUACUCUGCAUUUUCGGUCUUCUAGUUGCCUCCGCUACCACCGGUUAUGAUGGAUCCCUUCUCAACCUCUUGCAGAAUUAUAACUACUGGGAGAAAUAUUUCGGCAACAUUGGAAAUAUUCAUGCCUCCGCUCACCAGGCCAGUAUGCUUGGUCUCUUGACCAACAUGUUCACUAUCGGCUCUAUUAUCUCUAUGUUCAUCGUGCCGUGGGUCGUCGAUCGAUGGGGUCGCAAGCCCUGCAUCAUGGUUGGCUGUGUCUUCAUGAUCCUUGGUUGUCUCAUUAACACUUUCGCGAAAAGCUACGGAAUGUUCUGUGCAGGUCGUUUCAUUCUUGGGUUCGGCAACUCGCUAUCCCAGCUAGUCUCUCCAAUGCUGUUGACCGAGAUUGCCCACCCGCAGCACCGUGCCCCUCUAACCGCCGUAUACAACUGCCUGUGGAACUUCGGAAGUCUAAUCUGCACUUUAAUUGGCUAUGGCCUCCAAUUUGUUGAGAACGACUGGUCGUGGCGAGCCCUCACCCUCUUUCAGCUUGUGCCUGCCGCUACUCAGAUAUGCUUUAUCUGGUUUAUUCCCGAGUCUCCGAGAUGGCUGAUCUCUAAGGAUCGCAAUGAGGAGGCCCUUAAGACGUUAGCUAAAUACCACGCCAACGGUAACGAGAACAACUUGACCGUCCAAUUCGAGUACCGGGAAAUUAAGGAGACUCUCCGGAUCGAGACGGAGGUUAGACACAGCACGACAUACCUGGACUUCUUUAAGACGAAAGGCAACCGAUGGAGGCUUGCUAUUAUCAUAUCCAUUGGCAUUAUCUCCCAAUAUAGCGGCAACGCCGUUAUCUCUAACUACGCACAUCUAAUCUACCAAAGCUCUGGUAUUGAUGGGCAGAAACAGCAGCUCGGGCUCCAAAUCGGUAACACUCUCCUCAGCUUGAUUGUGUCUAUCAGUGCUGCCUUUUUGAUCGACCGCGUAGGACGACGGCCCCUCUUCCUCAUCUCUGCUUGCGGCAUGGUUAUCUCCUUUACGCUUUGGACUAUUAUGGCUGCUGAGUAUGAGAAUCGUAACGGGGCGGAACAGUUUGGUAUCGCCCAGAUUGUCUUCGUCUGGAUCUUCGGUAUCUUCUACUCUAUUGGCUUCUCAGGUCUACUUGUCGCCUAUACCCUCGAGAUCCUACCUUAUCAUCUUCGUGCAAAGGGUGUUAUGAUCAUGAAUAUUUCUGUACAGAUCAUCCUCGCCAUUUCAGGCCAGACGAACAAUAUUGCUAUUACGCAAUUGCCAAAAACCUAUUAUUUUUGGAUCUUCUACACGUGUUGGGAUGUACUUGAAGCGAUUUGGGUUUACUUCGUAUUUCCUGAGACUAAAGGCCCUACUCUCGAGGAGAUCGCUUAUGUCUUCGAUGGUGAUGAGGCCGUGGCUCAUAUCGAUAUGGAACAGACUGGGAAAGAGAUCGAGAUUCAGCAGACUGAGAACGCUGAUGAGAGGCAUGUCUAA